AAUGAAUCUGCCAUAAUUAAAAGCAAUCAUGGUGCUGAUUCUUCAUUUUCAUGGAGUAAUGAAUCUACUAAAUAUUUUUUAUCUUUAUAUCGAGAGAAUAGAAAACUUGUUCCAUCCAGAAAGUUGAAAACAUUAAAAUCAAUGUGGAUUCAUAUUGCUAAUACGAUGACAAAGUCUGGAUAUAAUGUCUCCCCGUCUACAAGUUGAAAACAAAUUUAAAACGAUGGAAUGGGCAUAUAAGAAUAUGGUGUCAAACAAUAAAAAAACAGGAAGAGGACGGGCAACAUGUAGUUACGAAAGUGCACCGCAAUCAAUACUCCAUCCACUGCAGUCAUUAGCACACAAGAAUGUGACGGAUGACGUAGCAAUAACUGAUGAAACUCCGAUAGUUUACGAAAAUCUGGUCGACGAUUUGUCCUCUUCUAGCAAUGCCUCUGCCUCAUGUAAAACAGUCCAAAAACAGAAAACAGGGAGCACAGCGAAAUUAAUAGUUUCAUGCCAAAAAGCUUAGAAGAUUUAGCAGCUGACCGACGGGAACAGACAUAAAAAAAGAAGAUUUCUGCAAAGAAUUUCGUAAUUAUAUGAAAAAAAUUAUUGAACAGCGUGAGGUCGCGAAUAAUCUUCGAGAACGUAAAAACGUGUUAAUGGAAAAUUUCAUUACAACGAUGGAAAAAAAAUGCAUGCUUACAUUAAGGGUGGAAGAAACAUAUGUUAUCGUAUUUUAUACGAUU